ACCAAUAAAACUGCUCUCCCCCGCGCUUCUCUUCAAUCCAUCUCACAGUUUUCAUCUAUACAUAUAUACACAUAUACAUACAGAUACAUAUACAUACAUAUAGAAACACACAAACAUGGAAUUACAAAAAGGAUACAAACUAUUAAUCCAACAAUACAAAGCAUUAUUCACCAAAAACUUACUACUAGCAUGGAGAAACAAAAGAGCAACAUUCCUUCAAUUAUUUUCCUCAAUUUUCUUCAUAUUUUUGCUUUUUCUUAUACAAAAAGCAAUCGAAGCUCGUUUCGGUUCUUCCACUGCUUUCGAAAGCGUACGUGAUCCGAAAUCUCUUAUCGAUCCGCCAAUUCCUCCAUGUGAGGAUAAGUAUUAUACUAAGCUUCCUUGUUUUGAUUUUGUUUGGAGUGGAAGUGAUAGUGCUAGAAUUCGAUCAAUUGUCGAUCGAAUUCGGGAUAAUAAUCCUGGUAGACCUAUUCCUUCUGAUAAGGUCAAAUCAUUUCGAACAAAGACUGACGUGGAUGCAUGGCUUUUUGCUAAUCCCAUGACCUGUCCUGGAGCACUGCAUUUUGUAGACAGAACUGCUACUGUGAUUAGUUACGGUUUACAGACAAACUCUACACCUGUUGCAAAACGAGGAGAUUUUGAAGAUCCAACAUUCAAGUUCCAGAUACCACUACAAAUUGCUGCUGAACGUGAAAUUGCAAGGUCUUUAAUAGGAGAUCCAAGUUUCAGUUGGGUUGUCAAUCUGAAGGAAUUUGCACACCCUGUAGUUCAAACAUUCUCUUCUGUGGGCACAGUAGGACCAAGCUUUUUCCUGGCAAUUGCCAUGUUUGGUUUUGUAUUACAGAUUAGUUCUUUGAUAGUUGAGAAAGAACUUAAGCUUCGCCAGUCGAUGGCUAUGAUGGGUCUUUAUGAUACUGCUUAUUGGUUAUCAUGGCUUACAUGGGAGGGGAUCAUCACCCUACUUUCAUCUCUUUUCACAGUUCUCUUUGGAAGGAUGUUUCAAUUUGAUUUCUUUUUACAUAACAGCUUUGCAGUUGUCUUUCUUGUUUUCUUCCUUUUCCAAUUAAACAUGGUUGGUUUUGCGUUUAUGUUUUCAUCAUUCAUCAGCAAAUCCACUUCUUCCACAAGCGUUGGCUUUUCCGUGUAUAUAGUUGGAUUUCUGACACAGGUCGUUACGGCAUUUGGUUUUCCCUACAGUGACAACUUCUCUGACACAUACAGGACCAUCUGGUCUUUCUACCCUCCUAAUCUUCUUGCUAAAGCCCUUCAGUUGCUUUCUGAUGCUACUGCCACUCCUGAAGAUCCUGGUAUCAGCUGGGCCAGUAUAGGAAGGUGUGCGCCGAAUGACACGGACUGUCUAAUAACAGUGAAUGAUAUCUAUGUAUGGCUUUUAGGAACAUUUAUAUUGUGGGUUGCUCUGGCAAUCUACUUCGAUAAUAUAUUCCCCAACUCUUCAGGUGUAAGGAAAUCAACUUUCUACUUUCUGAACCCUGGAUAUUGGUCAGGGAAAGGUGGAAACAGGGUUAAAGAGGGUCAGAUUUGUAGUUGCAUGCGAUCUCUUCCAGCGAUAGAACAUACAUCACCAGAUGAUGAGGAUGUACUUGAAGAGGAAAACAUUGUGAAGCAACAACAUAGAGAAGGUGCUGUUGACCCAAAUCUUGCAGUUCAGAUACAUGGGCUCGUCAAAGUAUAUCCUGGAGGAACUAAUGUUGGUUGUUGUACUUGCAAGAAAAGUGCACCUUAUCAUGCACUCAAGGGUUUAUGGGUGAACUUUCCAAAGGAUCAACUAUUUUGUCUUUUAGGACCCAAUGGAGCUGGAAAAACUACUGCAAUCAAUUGCUUAACUGGAAUUACCCCAGUCACCGAAGGAGAUGCUCUUAUCUAUGGUCAUUCCAUCCGAAGCUCUAUUGGCAUGUCAAAUAUCCAGAAAAUGAUAGGUGUAUGCCCCCAGUUUGAUAUUCUUUGGGAUGCACUAUCUGGUCAAGAGCACCUCUAUCUAUUUGCUAGUAUCAAGGGUCUCCCCCCUGCUUCACUUACGAUGGUUGUGCAAAAAUCGCUGGCUGAGGUGAAACUCACUGAGUCAGCCCGAGUGAGAGCUCGUAGCUACAGUGGUGGAAUGAAACGCCGCCUUAGUGUUGCUAUAGCUCUUAUUGGCGAACCAAAGUUGGUCAUCUUAGAUGAACCGACUACUGGUAUGGACCCAAUAACUAGAAGACAUGUUUGGGACAUUAUUGAGAAUGCAAAGAAAGGGAGAGCCGUUAUUCUUACAACACAUUCAAUGGAAGAAGCUGAUAUUUUAAGUGAUAGAAUAGGAAUCAUGACAAAAGGCAGGCUUCGCUGCAUUGGAAAUUCCAUCAGGCUAAAAUCAAGAUUUGGUACCGGAUAUAUUGCUAAUAUAAGCUUCUCUGGGACAAAUGGUGAUGUCAAUCCUGCAACACAUCAUGAAGAAGUGAAGCUGUUUUUUAAAGAUUGUUUAGAUGUGCUUCCAAAAGAGGAAAAUAAGUCGUUCCUUACUUUUGUGAUCCCACAUGACAAGGAGGGCCUGCUAACGAAUUUCUUUGAGGAGCUAGAAAAUAGAAAGGGGGAAUUCAGUAUAUCAGAUAUCCAGCUCAGUCUUACAACUCUUGAAGAAGUCUUCCUCAACAUUGCAAAGCAGGCAGAGUUUGAAAGUGCUGCAGCUGAAGGUAGAUUCACCACAUUCACUUUGAGCUCUGGAACUUCUCUUCAAAUACCAGUUGGAGCAAGAUACAUAGGAAUUCCAGGAACAAUAUCAUCAGAAAAUCCAAGAGGUACUAUGGUGGAAGUCUUUUGGGAACAAGAUGAUGCAGGUACCCUCUGCAUUUCUGGCCACUCGAACGAAACACCGAUACCACCUCAUGUCCAACUUGGCGAUAUUUCAUCACACAACCCCAGAAGAAACUUUUUGCGGCGGUCUGAGCAACCUCGUGGGAUAGUUAUUGAUCCAAAUGAAGUGGCCAAUCCAACAUCUUGAUCAAUACCAAAAACAAUUAAAAAGGAAUAUAAGGGGGAGGUGAACUUUCAUCUACAUGUUUAUUGGCUUGUCUUGUGUUGUAAUAUAAUCGUCCAUAUCAAUUCUUGUUUCCAUUCUUCCAACUUCGGUAUACUGUUGGGAAUUCACACAUCGAUCCAUCUUGCGCGUUAGAAUGAGUGAUUAGGCCAUUAAAGUAAUUUGAGUCAUGUAAAGCAGGAAAAUCUCUAUUUUACGUUUUGUUUGUAAGUUUGUCUAUGUACAUUACAAAUGUUUAAGUUAGUUGUAUACUAAACUUGAAA